UGGAAUGAAAUAUUAAUGGCUACUCUUCCUUAAUUCUGAAGAAAGGAAGUAGAGUAGGAAGCGUGAGAGAGAGCAAAACCCAGCGCAAGAAGAGGAGAAAAAUUGAUUAAAAAAAAAACAACAGGUUUUGCUGAUUACUAUUUAUUCGAGGUUUUUGCGGUGUUGCGGAGCAUCUCCUUGUUUCUUUGUAGUCUGAUUAUACUCGACGACGCUGUUCUUGGUGAAUCUUGAAUUCCGUUCUUGAUGAGCUCCGGUACGUUGAGAAGAAGGCUCCAUCAUGGAGAUGUUGAUGGAGGAAGAUAUGAUCGGUACGAGACUUCGAGAUUCGAUUCGUUAAACGAGCCGUUACUUGGUUAUGGGGAUUACGAUUAUAAUAGGCACGCUGAGGAGCAAGCACUCUUGGGUAUUUUGGAUGAUGAACGAAGUAAAGUGCGCCUGCAUUGGUCGCUGCUCUUUUCUAAUGUAAUCGCGCAGUGGGCACAAUGGUUAGCAAAUAUUGUUCUUGGAUCUGGGUCUCUGUUUGGAAGAAUUAUACCAUUUAUCGCGGGCACUCAAAAUGGAGCAAACAGCAACCUUCCACCUGUUUUACUUAGUCCCUUGCAGGAAGCACGGCUGAGAAAUUUAAAGCAGAGACUGUCAGUCCCUUUUGAUGGCAGCUCUUCAGAGCAUCAAGAUGCUCUUAGACAACUUUGGAGGUUAUCUUAUCCUGAUAGAAAACUCCCAUCUCUUAAGUCAGAGGUUUGGAAAGAGAUGGGUUGGCAGGGAUCUGAUCCUUCUACAGAUUUCAGGGGUGGCGGAUUCAUAUCAUUGGAGAAUUUGAUCUUCUUUGCUAAGACAUAUCCGGAAGCAUUUCAGAAUUUGUUGCACAAGAGAGACGGAAAAAGGUCUGAAUGGGAGUAUCCAUUUGCUGUGGCAGGCAUCAAUGUAUCCUUCAUGCUGGUUCAAAUGUUAGAUCUUCAGUCAGGCAACCCUAGCACUCUAGCUGGCCACCGGUUUCUGGAGUUGCUCCGAGAAGACGAGAUGGCUUUUGACAACCUUUUCUGCAUCGCCUUCAAGUUGUUGGACGCACAGUGGCUUGCAAAGCGCGCUUCAUAUAUGGAAUUUAAUGAUGUUCUCAAGUCAACAAGAUCACAACUAGAGCGCGAGAUGGCACUGGAAGAUGUCUCAACAGUGAGAGAUUUGCCAGCUUAUAAUUUACUGAGAAGAUAGUAUUGAUGGUAUAAUCUUUCAUGAUACUUUUGUAAAUACCUUUUGUUUUUUAAUUUUUUUUCCCCUGGCCUUUGAAUUUGUUGUUCCAAUUAACCAUAUGUGAGACCAGCUUUCAUACCAGAAGCUGUAAAUUUCUGUGUAUAAAGUUUGAAGCACUGUUUUCUUG